ACGGAAGAUUUUGUUCUCUGACACAAGAAUACCAACUGCUACAGAGCAUCUGCUGUCAAAUGUCAAACAAGAGCAUGACAAGAGGGUCAUUUCUCAAGAAUCUGAAACCAAACCAUUGACCUUCACAUUUGUACCAUCCAUUGGAAGACUUCCAACUCAUUUUGAGGUUGUGGAUGUCUCUAAGUUCCUUGUGACAAUUCCAGAGGAAUCAAAGGAUCUGAGCAAUCAAGAAAUUAUAAAUAAGUCUAACGCAACCUCUGAUGAACUGGCCUUAAAGAACGCGGCCAGACAAGUCUGCGCGUCCGACGUCUGUACAGACAGCACCCAAACGGCUUUCCAGUCCCUGGGGUAUAACUCGAGCAAAGGAGAAAUGCAGGAGAAUGACCUUUUUAAGGCUGAGUUUAUCCUGAUUACAGACUCCGGUGAUGAAGAUGAAGUAGCUGCUGCCUCGAACAACAUUCAUCGGCCUUCCAAUGGCUACUGUCCCAUCAGUGCUCAGCUGCUGGCCGCAUCCCACGUUUCCCCUGGCACUGGGGCAGGCAAACCUCCCAGCGACGGGCUUUCCGCUGAUCCACAAAAACACCAG